GAAUGUUUUCCUAGAGAUGUCAGCCUACAAAGGACACAAUCUCUCUUCUUCAAAUUCCUCCCCAAAAUGUCCUUUCCCAACAGCUCUCCUGCUGCUAAUACUUUUUUAGUAGAUUCCUUGAUCAGUGCCUGCAGGAGUGACAGUUUUUAUUCUAGCAGCGCCAGCAUGUACAUGCCACCACCCAGCACAGACAUGGGGACUUAUGGAAUGCAAACCUGUGGACUGCUCCCGUCUCUGGCUAAAAGAGAAGUUAAUCACCAAAAUAUGGGUAUGAAUGUGCAUCCUUAUAUACCUCAAGUAGAGAGUUGGACAGAUCCGAGCAGAUCUUGUCGAAUAGAGCAACCUGUUACACAGCAGGUCCCUACUUGCUCCUUCACUACCAAUAUUAAGGAAGAAACCAAUUGCUGCAUGUAUUCCGAUAAGCGAACCAAACUCAUUUCUUCCGACGUCCCUUCUUACCAGAGGUUGGUCUCUGAAUCAUGCCCCAUUGAAAAUCCCGAGGUUCCUGUCCCAGGAUAUUUUAGACUGAGCCAGACCUACGCCACUGGGAAAACCCAAGAGUACAAUAACAGCCCUGAAACGAGUUCAACUGUAAUGUUACAGUUAAACCCUCGCGGCUCUGCCAAACCGCAGCUAUCUUCUGCCCACCUUCAGAUGGAAAAGAAAAUGAGUGAAAACCCCAGCAACCAAGACUCAGCUAAAGUCCCUCAAGUGGAAAGCCCCGAGCCCAAGUCCACUUUGCCAGAGGAGAGGAGCUGCCUAGCUGAAGUGUCCGUGUCCAGCCCAGAAGUCCAAGAGAAGGAAAGUAAAGAGGAAAUCAAGUCCGAUACUCCAACCAGCAAUUGGUUAACUGCAAAGAGUGGCAGAAAGAAGAGGUGUCCUUAUACUAAACAUCAAACACUGGAAUUAGAAAAAGAAUUCUUAUUCAAUAUGUACCUCACUCGCGAGCGCCGCCUAGAGAUCAGUAAGAGCGUUAACCUCACUGACAGGCAGGUCAAGAUCUGGUUUCAAAACCGCAGAAUGAAGCUUAAGAAGAUGAGCAGGGAGAACCGAAUCCGAGAACUGACCGCUAAUCUGACCUUCUCUUAGACCCUAACGCGGGGACAGAAACAGUGAGGAUAUUCGGCACAACAUUCCCCGGGUGCAAAAUGCAGGAGAGACUUGGAAAACACAAACAAAAUCUUCAUUUUUUUCUUUCCUUUUUUUUUUUGUUUUGUUUUAUCCUGAUAGAAUGUGACUUUGGGGUCAUUAUUUUAGUGCUGCAAGUGAAUCUGUAUACCUAUGGAGAUACAUAUAUAUAUAUAUAUAUAUAAAAGAAAACUAGCACGUGUAAUUUAUUUUUUUUUUCAUCGUAAUGCAGGGUAACUAUUAUUGAGAGUUAUCAUUUGGUCUUAACUUAUUGGAACUGUGGAGUAUCCAAACAAUGUGACUUUUUCAUGUUUGUACUCACAAAUAUGGUCUGUGCGUGUGGCUUUCACAUUAGCCAUGGCAUUAUUGAAUAAUCCAAUAGUUUAACAAUAUUAAGAACACCCACAACCUUCCGGGGGGAAAAAGCACAUGACAAUGUAACUAUCCUCGCAAAUGAACUUAGAGAUUGUCUUUAGUAAAAUGGAUUCUUGUCUACUUAUCCAUUGUAGAUAUGUUCUUGUGGUGCAUAUGUGGUGUCUUAGAAGUACAAACAGCAAUCUGUCCUU